AUGAGGGAAAUGGCGACUAUGAAGAACGAUGUGAUGUUCCUGGACGCGAGCUUCACCGUCAUAGCCAAUUUUGUGGGAUUGAGGCGCGAGGAGGUGGUGUCCGCUGCAACCCAACUACUGAUGCAAGGCAACCCCGGGAGAUCCGGCGCGAAAGCAGAGGCAUGUGGCACCAAGAAUGCCCCACACACUCCACAGCGUCCAUCCGGUCGCAAGAGGCGUGUUGACAGUAGUCCAGAGGAGGAUGUUGUACACAAUGCCACCCGUGUUGCGCUGGCCUCCUCGUUCGCUGCAUGUGAUCCGACAGCGCGCUUGCUGCAAAACCCGCUGCUGUCGGGAGGGACCAUACCUCACUGGAUGUUCACCCGCGGGAGACCGCUGCUCGGGGUGACGGUGCCGGCUGGAGCUGAUGCGUGGGGAGAUACGAGCGGCCACGAGACGGUGAAGGCAGAAGAAGAGGAGGAUCUUGUGUCAGACACGGAGGAUGAAGAGGAUGGUGACGACACGUGUGCAACGAAGUACACAGGAGUCAAGUUGGAGAAAGCAUCAAGCAAGUUUGGCGUGAAGAUCCUGAUCAAAGAAGGAGGAAAGCGUAGGCAACAGCGGCUGGGUGCAUACACAUCGGAGGAGGAGGCGGCGUAUGCGUACGCCGCAGGUGCGUUCGUCCUGAGGCCACAAGACAAGAUACCCAACACGGUCAGUCUGUCAGCCGCAGAGAAGGCGAUGCUACGUGGAUGCACCAAGGAAGAUCUGCAGCUCCUGGUGGAAGCGCGGAAGUGGUGGAGGUGGCGGAGCUGGAGGGAGGCGCGGGAGGGCGUGAACUGGAAGGUGAAACGAGGGAGGAAGCGAGUGGUUGCCACGCGCACAUCAAGAGUGGACACCGACGGCCAUGACGUGCGCAUCUCGAGCAGGGUUCUCGAGCAACUCAUCUGGGCUCAAGACAGAAGCGCCAAGGAGAACGCGCGGUUGGAGGCGCUGUUUUUGAAUGCAAUGGCGCAGCGUUCUGGUGGAUCUCGUAAGCGUAAGGCUCGGAAUCAGAGAGACCCGGAGCAAGGGUGCAUGAACUCGAAGCGUAAGCGUGGCGAAACAUGGAGCGGCGGGUCGGACGAUGACGGAGAGGACGACGAGGAAGAUACACAUGGUUCUGUUGGUCGUCAUAUGCGUACUGCAAAGUCUCCUAUUCUGCAACGCGCGUUGGCGCAUCUGCCGACAGACAAGGCAUGGAAGCGGGUGUGCGAGCUGGCCAGAGUUCACUUGUUUCUCAACAGGCCCACGUCGUCGAUGACCUUCUACCCGAGCAGUGACGAUAAGACUCACGGAGUGUGCGCGGUGCUGUUCCGGGACGACAGGGACGCAUCCAGCCUGUGGGCACCUGAAAAGGAGCGUAGUAUCGAGAAGAUAAGAGAGCGCAUUGGGAUUGGCGCUGACCCCCCUGAAACUCUAGUGCUGACCAGUUGGGCGCACGACAGGGAUGGCAUGCCGUUUGCCUCCCGGGCGUCCGCGACAUGUGCGAAGGCUGCCUUCAAGCCGAAGAAGGCAGGGCUGGUGAUGAUCCUUAAGGUCUCCGACUGUGUCCUCUACUGGGAGGCGCGGAAAGGCCGGCUCUCCAACUCGGCGGGCGGGAACGCCCACGUCGUGGAUGGGCUCAAGGUCCUGGUCAAGGAGGCCGUGGAGAGGGCGAUCCGUAUCUACAACCCCGAGUAUGACGCGGAGCGCGAGGCGUGGAUUUGGGGGCACCAUGGCCUGCGCAUCUCUGCGUGCGGCCUGGAGCACAUGAAGUCUGCGGCCGCCACCGAGCUGCUAGGCAUCGUAGGGGAUGACGACCUUUCGGCGUCACUUGGUGAUUAG